ACUAUAUUUCAUGGUUUGUUGAUUACAUUUACUUGUAAGAAGAGAAGAAUCUGUUCCUCCCUACGGAUCAGAUCACCGCUUCCGCCAUAGAAAGAGAGAAAAUGGAGUUGGAUAGCGUACUGGUUCGCCUGUGCAUUGAAUCGGCCUGCAGCAGUCGCGAUAGCGUGGAGAGGUGGCGGAUGCAGCGGCGGACCCUCCAACGCUUGCCCCCUCAGCUCGCCUCCGCCCUCCUCCGCCGCCUCCUCCAGCGCCGCCUCCUCUCUCCCUCCCUCCUCGAGGCUUUCAAAUACUGUGUCGAUGAGGUUGACCUUAGAGGUGAGACCUCUGUGGAUGCAGAGUGGAUGGCAUACUUGGGGGGGUUCCGUUAUCUCCACUACUUGAACGUUGCAGAUUGCCAUAGAGUUACCAGUUCGGCUCUUUGGCCUAUUGCAGGUAUGACUCACUUAAAGGAGUUGGAUCUUACCAGAUGUGUCAAGUUUACCGAUGCUGGCAUUAAGCAUCUUUUGUCAAUUUCAACCUUGGAAAAGUUAUUUCUCUCAGAGACUCACCUCACAGCAGCAGGAGUUGCUCUUCUUGCUUCUCUUUCAAACUUGUCUGUUUUGGACCUUGGUGGUUUACCAGUCACUGAUCAGGCUUUGAGGUCUCUUCAGGUUCUGACAAAGCUGCAGUGCCUUGACCUAUGGGGGAGCAAAGUAUCAGAUAAUGGUGUUGCUGCUCUUCAAAUGUUCCCAAAGUUGAGCUAUUUGAAUUUAGCUUGGACAAGUGUGUCGUUGUUACCAUAUUUUGCAUCUCUUGAGUCUCUAAAUAUGAGUAAUUGUAUUAUUAAUUCUGUAUUCAAAUACCAUGGUGAUAAACCUCAUCUAUCAGAGCUACGCAUUGCGGGGGCCACUUUAGAAAAUGAGGCUGAAGCCUUUGAGCAUAUUGAGAAAAGUUUCCUGACCUGUUUAGAUGCAGCUAGGAGUUCUCUUAGCAGAUUCGGCUUCUUAUCUUGUAUGGUAGGACUCAAAUAUUUGGAUCUUAGUUCUACUGGGUUAGGUGAUGAAUCUGUGGAACACAUUGCAAGAAUAGGGAUGAACUUGAGAAAUCUUAACCUCAGCAAUACAAGAGUCUCUUCUGCAGGGGUUGAGGCCCUCGCUGGAUGUGUUCCAAAUCUUGAAAACCUGUCAUUAUCUUACACACAGAUUGAUGAUUUUGCCGUGUUAUAUAUCAGCACGAUGCCGGCACUCAAAGCUAUUGACUUGAGUCACACAAGUAUAAAAGGUUUCAUUCCGAAAGUGGGUGAUGAAUCAGAUCAGGCGCUCUCACUGACAGCUCUGGAAAGUCAUCAUUUGGAAAAGCUCAAUUUGGAGAAUACCCUGGUGGAAGAUGAUUCCCUCUUCCCAUUAUCUAAGCUACAGCAGUUGCGGCAAUUGUCUCUUCGAAAUUGUUCUCUGACAGAUAUCUCUCUGCACCGGUUGUCACCCCUCACUGAGCUAAAGAGUCUUUGCUUUUGCGACGUUGUUCUGACAAAUCACGGGCUCGAUUCGUUCAAACCUCCAGCGACCCUGGAGAUGCUCGACAUUAGAGGAUGCUGGCUUCUAACUGAGGAUGCGAUAUCAUCAUUUCAUGAAAAGUACCCUCAAGUCGUUGUGAGGCACGAACUUGUUCCUGUCUUACCACAAGAAAGUGAGUCGUCCUCUUCCUGUACGCCUCCAUCAAGAAUAACUUCAAAGUCGAAGCAAGUGACGAGUCAAACUCCGGAAAAACUGCAAUUGUCUGCUAACUUUUUAGAUCAGAGGUUGAAAUAUAACAGAGAAGAGCUACUUGCCCUAAGGUACUCAUCAUUAUCUCUUGCUCCGAACAAUGGAGACAAUGUACCGAAGAUCCAAUUAGAUUAGUCUUGAGUUUUCUCUCGUAAUUAUCAUGGUCCGACUACCUCACCAAUCGCCAGGGCUCAUGAUGUUUUAUUUGUCUACAUUGGAUGUGCUGAUCUGAUUUGUCCCAAAGAAAAAACUCGCCAUAUUCCUCCAAUCUUGGAUUGCAUUAAUCAAAGUUGUUCUGUGUGGCUUUCUUUGAAUUCAACAAGUGAUCGCAGAUAGGAGCUUAACAUACGACAGCUUCAAUUUCUGGCAAUGUCAUCGGGAAGAGUAAAGGGGAAUCAACAAUUUCAGAUUUCAUAUGUACUCUUUGCCGUGCUGUGUUAGAAGGAGAAUUGAGAUACAAAUUUGUAACA